AUGGAGUCAGGAACGAAGAAGAAGAAGAAGAUGGAUUAUUACUUCACAGAAGAUCUCAUGUUAAAUAUAUUAUCAAGAUUACCACUAAGGAGCAUCACAGCUUUCGUAUUGGUUUGCAAAGAAUGGAAAACUAUAUUCGAAUCUCAAUCUCUACACGAACUUUCCAAGUCUCAUCAUCAAAACUUUCAUACUACUUCAUGGUCACUCAUGUGCAGAGACACUCAUAAAGAAGUGGCUCACUACAGAUGCGAGACUUGGGGACUUCAACAAUCUCUAGGCUCUUACAUCUCUUCUUUCCUAGCCCACACAUUCAAAAUUCAUAAAGACAAGGUCACUGUCGAGGCUUACACUGAUGUCGGAUUGAUUCUUGUUACUGAUAUAUUCAGACCAUCUGCACUUGGAACACAAACUGAAAACGGGGUUGUUUUAAGUUACAAAGUUGUUCUGAUGAAUAAAAAGAGCAUGGAUACUGGCGAGAUAACAUUACUCAUAUUUUCAUCUAUGACAGGCUUCUGGAAUUUGAACACUCUCCUAAGUCCUGUCCCUUUGUGUCAUGUGAAUUGGUUCAAUCCUGUUAGCUUGAACGGUGGAAACAUUUACUGGCUUGGCUCCACGAGAGGCGAUCAUGACGUUGUUGUAUCCCAUAAUCUAUAUGCUACUGGCACGGAAUAUGAUCGAUGUAGAGUUAUACAGUUCCCUGAUGUAGAGAACAAUGUGAACUUCAGAAGAGCUUGCACAACAUCUCAAGGAUCUCUAAUGUAUAUGAACAUUAUCAAAGAAGACAAAGAUGAUGGAAGUGUAGAGCAUAAGUUAUGUGUAUGGAAGUUGAAGAACGAGGAAUGGCAAAUAGUAUCUUCGGCUUGUAUUAAGCGCGGUGUAGAUUACUUUCCAUUGGUGAUAAACCCUUUUGAUGCUAAUAUAAUGUACUUGUGGAAUGAGAUGCAUAAGUGUUUUGUAUCAAACAACUUGACCAAAGGCAAGUUUGGGCGGCACAAGAACUUAGAAUGUAGCAGCGAUGGUGUUUUGAGCUUUGCUAGAGAUUGGAACCCAUUUGAAGACCUCUUUGACUCAUUCUUUUCAAAGUUCGCUCUCCCGCGUUCGCUGCACCGUUUCCCGACCUCGUAUUCAAGAGAAAGGUGA